UAGAAGCAAGUGAGCUUGAAUAAGAUCCCAAAGCCUUCGUAAUUUUUCUUUUUCUCUCUUCAAUUUUCUUCUUUCCCUUUUCUUCUUCAUUUUUAAUAUUUUCCCGCACAAUUCUCGGCAAUGUCUCUCUCCGACGGCACAGAUUGAACCCUGCAUGCGCAAGCCACGUUACUCUCUUUUUGUGGUUUUAUUUUUUUUUUUCAACAAUUUCUCAUAAGGAAAAAAUAUUCUGUCUCAAUUUCGAUUCAUCGAUCCAACACCGUUUCGUUUUCUGUUUCUCUCUCAGAAGCCUCAAUUCCACUCCCGAUUCGAUCACGGUUCGCUACAACUGCGAGCAAUUUGAGAAUUCGGUGGUGGAAAAACAGAGGUGGAAGAAGAACAGAGGAAAAAAAAUACAGAGGCCAUUCAAAGUUUGUGGUGUUAGAAUUUGCUGAUUCGGAUUGUUGCUGCUGAUCAAGGAUUUGCUCAACAAUUUUGCAGCAAUUAUUCUUUAGGUUAUUGUAGUUGCUCUUCACCUCCAUAAGAGUUAGUUACACGUGUGCUUAUACAAUAAGUUUUCAGCUUCUCCAAAAGUGUCAGCUAGCAUUUGGAAUUGAAUUUGUGAUUGGAUGUUAUUAAACUUGUUGAGUUGAGAACUCAGAUCUUAAUAGGGUGGAAAUUGUGCUUAAAUUUUUUGAGUUGUUAAGCAAUUACUUAACUCCUUGGAUUAUUCUUAUAUAGCCAUCAUUCUGUAAGAAGAAUUAGAAGCUUCACCGGUUGAGAAACUUUUAUUAUGAUGCAUAAGGCGGAGAACCUGUUAGUCAACAAUCAUGGGAGGGAUCCUGGUUUCUCAAAGCCACACUUCCAGCCAGGAUUUGCCACUGUUUCUAAUAAAUGUCAGGAUCUACGUAGUAAUAUCAAUAAUAGGGCAGGGGAAGAAUUUCCUGUGCAGUUUGUUAAUGAUGGAGUUGCUUCUAGAAGAAUUCCUGUUCCUCGUGACAUAUCCCAAAUGCGUGAAAAUAGAGCAGCACAAAGUAGAGAAAAUGGCGACGUCAAGUAUGAGUGUCUUACUAAUAUUUUGGGGCUGAAGAAAUUGGAAUCUCAGAGGUCAGAUGUAAGUGACCUUAUAUCUCUGAAAGAGCCAACUCAUGAGAUGGAGAAUGGGGCUUCUGUCACUGUUGGUGAAUUAAUUGAUGAGUGGGGUGAUCAUGGGACACGUGUGUCAUCUGUUGUGCAGAAUGGAUCCAUGCAUUUGAAUGGUCAUGUUGGUUCAAUUUUAGAUGACUCUCGGAAUGGGAGAAUGAAGUUUCUGUGCAGCUUUGAUGGAAAAAUAUUACCGAGGCCUAGUGAUGGAAAACUCAGAUAUGUAGGGGGACAGACCCGCAUGAUAUCCAUUAAGAAGGAUGUUUCGUGGGAAGAGCUUAUGAAGAAGACUUUCGGUAUUUGCAGCCAACCUCAUACAAUCAGAUAUCAACUUCCUGGGGAGGAUCUCGAUUCUCUGAUAUCUGUUUCGUCUGAUGAGGAUCUUCAACAUAUGAUUGAGGAAUACCAAGGGCUUGAAAGAAAUGAAGGUUCACAAAGACUCAGAAUAUUUUUAAUUCCCUUGGGUGAAUCUGAUGAGGCAUGUUCAUUCGUGGCAAGCACAAUUCCACAGAGUGAUCCUGAUUACCAAUAUGUUGUUGCUGUGAAUGGCAUGCCAGGGCCUACUCUUAGAAAUAGUGCUGGGCAGUGUUUGACAAAUGAAGCAAGUCAAUUGAAUGCACCUGGUUUACAGAAAAAUUCUCUCAAUGCCUUUUAUCCUGUGGAAGCCAGCAGUGGUAUUCAUGCUUUGAAUGCAGAUGGAAGUUUUAAUGAUUCUCUUACUAUGCACAGAUGCAACAAUCAAUCUCCACAAAUUUCCUCUAUUCGAAUUAAGGGAGGAGGUUCAAGUAUGGGUUAUACACAGUUGCUUGGUAAUAAUUCAUGCCAAGAUAGUAUUGAGAGCAAUGCAUCGUUUAUUACUGCUCAGCUGCAACCUGAGAACUCCCCCAUAAGCCCUGCUGAUCGCAGAUACCCCCAACAAGUAACUUUGAAUCUCUUAAAUGAAAGUCUCCCCUGUCAACGUGAUGAUGUUUGUCCACCAAAGAAGCACAUUGGAGGUCAAUUUAGCAACUGCAGUCCUCACAAGGAAUCUGUGACCCCUUCAUAUCUGGAAAAUUCAAACUUUCAACAGGCUGAAUCUAGUGGUACUAACAAUCCCCCUUUUGGGUUGCUUCAUUCAUUUUCUGAUCCACAGUUGCAUGAGAGUUUAACAAGGUCUUGUUACUGCUCACAAGAAGGAUCUGUCCUCUCUUUCUCCUUGAACCAUGCAAAGGCUCAGCCAUCUUCCAUGUUACAGUCUAGUUUCUCACAAGGAAAUCUUAUUGAGCUCCAGCAAGAUUCCAGUCUCCUUUAUCCUCAAUUACAAAGUAAGUUACCAAAUAAUAUUGAGUCUUCUGAGUUGUAUGGAAGGCAGGAUUUGACAUCAUCUUCUCCAUAUUCAGAAUCAUCAGGAACGAAUGGAAUUCAUAAAGAUAGCAUUUUAAUUGGAAAAAAGUAUCCUGUGCCUCAAUCUGAUGUAAAUGGAUCUAGCUUUAUGGCGAAGCAUGCUGAGAACAAUUCUUUAACUUCAGAAAAAAUCAAUAUAAUUGAAGGAAAGAAUCCUUUUGAUGAAACAAAUGGCAACUUUUAUGAAGGGAAAUCACUUGCUGCUCAUCUGGGACACGUGACUGAAUUGAAUCUUCUGGAUUCCUUCCCUGCUAAUAAAUUGAAUGCCAAGAUUAAUAUGCAAAAGGAUUGGGAGCUAAGUUCUGAGGACAUGAGCCAAAGUACUAUAAAUAGUAAGAAAUAUGCUGUUGCUGAAGGUGUGAAUGGUGGACAAGGAUCUGAUUUUGCAUUGACAAGAAACAUCAAGUUAAAUGGUUCAGUGCCAACCUGUCGAGAAACCUCUUGCCACAAAAAAUCUCUUGGUGAUCUUACGUGUGAGCUGUCAACCGAACCUACUUCUUGUAAAGCUUCGCAAGUUCAACCUUCCAUGAGUUGCCAUGAUGCCUGUUUUAAUGAAAUUUCAACUUUAAGCACUGCUUCUUUGUAUCAUGUACAUCAUAAUGAUCCCGGUCCUUGUUCAAAUUCACCUACAAAUGAUCAGCACAUUCCAAACAACACUAAUUUCCACAAAGUUCCUUCUUUUAUUGAUGACGACUUGAUAACCAGUACUGACCAGAUCUUUCCAGUUAUUGGGGGGCACUUUGCUGGAAAGUCAAAACCUGGAGAUGUCAUGCCAGGACUAUCAAAAAAUUUAGGAAACUGUGAUGAUGUUAAUCAAACAAAACCAUUUGGGCUUGUAGAAGAUGUGACUGGUGUCGUUCCUCGAGUCAUUCAUUCUACAUUUGCAUCCAUCCCCCCAAUUGUGGAUGUAAACGGAUGUAUGCCUGUAUCCUUGUCUUGUACAGAGGGAGAUAGCAUCAUCGCAGACUCUGAACCUGAGGAUUUUAAAUACGAUGAAGCUGACAAAAAUGAUUUCCUUUCUGACGCAAUGAUAGCAGAAAUGGAAGCGAGCAUCUAUGGUCUGCAGAUAAUAAAGAGUGCUGAUCUUGAAGAACUUAAGGAGUUAGGAUCUGGUACUUAUGGAACUGUUUAUCAUGGAAAAUGGCGGGGAAGUGAUGUUGCUAUAAAGAGGAUUAAGAAGAGCUGUUUUGGAGGGAAACCUUCUGAACGAGAACGAUUGACUAAAGAUUUUUGGAGAGAGGCACAAAUCCUUUCAAAUCUUCACCAUCCCAAUGUUGUUGCAUUUUAUGGGAUAGUACCAGAUGCAGCUGGGGGAACAUUGGCAACUGUAACCGAAUAUAUGGUUAAUGGUUCCCUACGGCAUGUCCUCAUCAGGAAAGAUAGAUUACUAGAUGACCGUAAAAGGCUAAUAAUUGCCAUGGAUGCGGCUUUUGGUAUGGAAUAUUUGCACUCCAAAAACAUUGUUCACUUUGAUUUGAAGUGUGACAAUUUGCUUGUCAAUCUAAGGGAUCCAGAAAGACCCAUAUGCAAGGUUGGAGAUUUUGGAUUAUCAAGAAUUAAGCGGAACACCCUGAUAUCUGGUGGUGUGCGAGGAACCCUUCCUUGGAUGGCACCAGAGCUGUUGAAUGGCAGUAGCAACAGGGUUUCUGAAAAGGUUGAUGUCUUCUCAUUCGGCAUUUCAAUGUGGGAGCUCUUGACUGGUGAGGAACCUUAUGCAGAUAUGCAUUAUGGUGCCAUUAUUGGGGGGAUUGUAAAGAACACUCUUAGACCACCUAUUCCAGAACAUUGUGAUCCUGAAUGGAAGAAACUCAUGGAAGAUUGUUGGUCGCGUGAUCCUGAAAGUCGCCCAUCGUUCACCGAGAUAACUAACCGGUUACGAUCUAUGUAUAAGGCGCUUCAAGCAAAAGGGGUUGUCAGGCACGACAGAUAAGGCAGGCCUAUUUUCUGCACUACCAAGACCUUCAUUGGUUAUUAGAAAUAGGUGGCAAGUGUUUCUUGUCUUUCAGCUAGCUGUGAAAUCUUAAACUAGCUUGUUCUUCUUGUAAAAUGUGAGGUUGAGAUCAUGGUAUAGUAGAUUGUAUCUGUCAAUUUUCUGCUUGGUUCAGGAUCUAAAACUCUACCAGCAGCAUAGAGAGUAAAGAUUAGGGAAGAGUAAGGUUGCUCUAGUGUAAAUACAGAGACAUGUGUCUUGUAAGAUAUGUUUUGUUAAUGUGAGCUUCCUUUCUCUCCUGC